AUGGGGGCUUCCCAAUCCAAGUCGAAUAGUGGGCAAAUAGUAUUUCGCUCAGACACACCUGUGCAGUUCUCCCCGGAUGUUGUAGAGCAACUAUCUGAGCGUCAGGCAUCCACUAUCCCGACACCCGAAAGACAAUCCACAUUAGAUGAGCACAUUCGGACCCGAAUUCAAGAUGAAGUAAAGCAGCUUCGGAAAGCAGAAGAGGAAGUUCAGGAAGAGAUUCGAGCUGCGUUGGAAAAGGAGAAUCUGGAUCGUGAAAAAGCUAUGGCUGGGCAAGCUUCAGAAGAAGGGCGGGCUGGGGCAGGAUCUGUGAAAAGCAGUGCGGCUUUGCUAGGAGACUUGGAAGAGAUCCGCUCCAAAAUUGACCGGUUUCAAAUCAGAAAGAGUCUUGCCAGUUAUCCCGGGUUGAAAGCAAGCCAGGAUGCGCUCGUGUCCUGUUACAAAUCUCAUGCCACGAGCUCUCUGGAUUGCUGGAUGGAAGUUGUCAAUUUCAAAAACUCCGUUGCACAACUGGAGAAGGACUACUUUAAAACAUUGCAAUAG